UAGCCAGUAUUGACCUCUAGAAAGAGAGAGAUAUAAAGGAACAGCAACAGCAGUAGCUAAGGAAAGAAACAACUAGUUAUAAUGUUAGCUGUAUCAAGAGCUUCUAUGAGUACAUCAAAUCCACUGGUUGUUGUGACUGAUCAAAUGCAAAGCAGAUCAGCAAGUCAAAUUGAAGUUAGUGCCAAUAAAUUCUUGGACUCUAGGGCAUACGAGCCCAAGUCACCAAACAAGAAAGGUAGAAACAAUAUCAGGAGUUUUCCAAAGUCACCACAAAUCCCAAAUGGAGCAGUCUUCCUCAGUCCUUCUCCUUACAACUCUCCCCCAAUCUCCCCAACAGUUUCUAACAAUCCAUCCCCUAGACAGACCCCAUCUUCAAGGCAAUCUCCAUCAGCUGCAAAGCCUAAUACUAAAGUCCCUGUUCCUCCAUCACUGAUAGUCACACAAAAGCAUGACGCAACUCCUCCACUACCAGCAAAAAGCGAUCCCUCCAGUCCAAAAAAUCUUGUACCACCAGCACAUCGUCAGCACAGGCGACGUGCUUCUGAUGGAGAAGCAUUGUUUGCUAAACAAAAACAGUUUCAAUCUCCUAGUGAUUUUGAUGAGCCUCGUAAGUCAAUGCCUGUCGUAGUACCCAUCAGCCAAUUGGGUUCUUUGUCGUCGCGUAUCGCCUCUAAGAGUUUCUGGAAUUUUGGUAUGCUAGUGGAGAGAGAGAAGGAGUCAGAGACUUCUGAUACAAAACUGCCUUCCAUUGAUAAUCGAUCCAAUACAGUCCCUAAUAGUCCAGAAACGUCACCACCAGUCAUUAAAAAGAAAGGACUCAAGCACUCUACAAGUGAUAUAUUCCUAGAGGCAGAAGGAAUGAAAGGACUCUAUGAGAAGCAGUGGUCGAAGCCGGAGCUACCCGUUAACAUACCACCUGCUAAAACAAAGAGACGUGUCUCACUGCAUCACCUACCGCCAAUGAGGAAAUCCGUUUCACAAGAACAAUUGAGAAAAACAAAUGGAUCUCUACCUAUUUCUCCUCCUGCUCUAUUCACUGUAGAUCCACAUGAAGAAGAAAACGAUGAACACUUAUUCUAAAAUACAUCAAUUUCUAUAUAUAGGUCAAUUUAUCUUUUUUAUCCCUUCUAUUGUGCACUUUCUGUCGAUAAGAAUACAAUGCAUUCUUCCCUGUUGAUCAGGGGUGAUGCAAGAACAUCCCAAUUACAUGCAAAAUCAUAUUACUAUUAAAUUAUGGCUGUUACGUAACUACACAAUAUUAUUAAUUUUUUGCAUAAACAUUUA